AUGACUGCGUUAGUUGAAGAAAUGCCAGUUGUAAUUCAGAAAGAAGAGGAACUCAAUCGAAUCGCUCAACAAAAUUAUAACCUCGCAUCACAAUACGAAUCGUUGGACAGCGAUGAUCUGUACACGAAAUAUAAGAAACUUCAACGUCAACUGGAAUUUCUCGAAGUUCAAGAAGAAUAUGUGAAGACAGAAUUGAAAAAUUUGAAGAAAGAAAUGUUACAUGCUCAGGAAGAGAUCAAACGUAUUCAAAGUGUACCACUUGUUAUUGGACAAUUUCUCGAAGCCGUCGACCAAAACACAGGAAUUGUUGGAUCAACAACAGGUUCAAAUUACUACGUUAGAAUUUUAUCGACUAUUGAUCGAGAAUUGCUGAAAGCAGGUGCCAGUGUUGCUUUGCAUAAACAUUCAAAUGCACUUGUCGACAUACUCCCACCAGAAUCCGACAGUAGUAUUUCGAUGUUACAAGCAGAUGAAAAGCCUGAUGUUGAUUAUUCUGAUAUUGGUGGGUUAGAUCUACAAAAGCAGGAAAUUCGUGAAGCUGUGGAAUUACCAUUGACACAUUUUGAGUUGUACAAAUUAAUUGGUAUUGAUCCACCACGCGGUGUACUCAUGUAUGGUCCUCCAGGUUGUGGAAAAACAAUGUUAGCGAAAGCGGUCGCUCGACACACCACUGCAUCGUUUAUUCGGGUUGUCGGUUCCGAGUUUGUGCAGAAAUAUCUCGGUGAAGGUCCUCGAAUGGUUCGAGAUGUGUUUCGUCUUGCCAAAGAAAAUUCACCCGCAAUUAUUUUUAUCGAUGAAAUCGAUGCUAUUGCAACGAAGCGUUUCGAUGCUCAAACCGGAGCUGAUCGUGAAGUACAACGUAUUCUCCUUGAGCUACUCAAUCAAAUGGACGGUUUCGAUCAAAGCAUCAAUGUUAAAGUAAUCAUGGCGACCAAUCGUGCUGAUACACUUGAUCCAGCUCUUCUCCGUCCCGGUCGCUUGGAUCGUAAGAUUGAAUUUCCUUUGCCGGACCGACGACAAAAGCGUCUAGUGUUCUCGACUGUUACUGGCAAAAUGAAUCUAAGCGAUGAAGUUGAUUUAGAAGAUUAUGUUGCACGUCCUGAUCGAAUCUCAGGUGCUGAUAUCAACUCGAUCUGUCAAGAAGCUGGUAUGCAAGCUGUGCGGGAAAAUCGCUACAUUGUCUUAGCAAAAGAUUUUGAAAAAGCAUAUAAAAACGUUGUCAAGAAAAAUGAACAAGACUUUGAAUUUUAUAAGUAA